AUGGAAUAUGCUUUUCUUUUUGACAGUGCACUUAUAAUAUAUUGCAUCAAGAAAAUACAAUUUUUUUAUAAUUUUAUUUUUAAAAUAUGUAGGAACAUUACUUGUGAAGAGUAUGUCUGUAGCUGGGAAGAUGAUCAGUGCUUGGAAUUAAUAAUCGCUAAAGGGAUAAUGAAAGAAUUGUCAGCACAAUAUAAAGGCUUUUCUUGGUUACAUGAAAAUUAA